AUGGCUUGUGUAUCCCAGUCAGUGAGUUUUGAUAAAUGCCACUGUGGGCAGAGAUCACAGAGCAGCAUACUGUACAGCAUUCUCAACAAAGAUCAUCCCAGCGAAUCAAGCUUGUGCCACUAUCGACAUCACCAUCACUCCUCGGCUCCUGGAUGCUCCUGUGAGUUUAGAAGGAAAGUUAUUCUCAAAACGCCAGAACUCACUUGCAGACGGGCCUCAGAGGUGCUUCUAAAGACUUUGAAUUUCAUUAAGAACUUGCCCUCUUUUUGCCAACUACCUGAAGGGGAUCAGGUCCUGCUGGUGCAGAAUUGCUGGGCUCCACUCUUUGUCUUGGGGUUAGCUCAGGAAAGAGUAGACUUUGAGGUGGCUGAGGCUGUGGCACCCAGCUUGCUGAGAAAGAUUCUCUUGAAUCAGAAAGUGAUAGAUGGGCAGAACUCGGAGACAGCCUUGAAUGCCACUUCUCUAGCAGAAGUUCAAAAAGUGAAGAUAUUUCUUAUGAAGCUCUGGAACAUGGAUGUCAGCAACAAAGAAUAUGCAUAUCUCAAAGGCAUUACACUUUUCAAUCCAGAUGUUCCCAGCCUAAGGAUGCCUCAAUAUAUCCUGGCUCUGCAGCAGGAAGCUCAGCACACCCUGAAUGAAUUUAUCACAAUGGUGAACAAUGGAGAUCAGGCCAGGUUUGCUCAAAUUCUACUGAUUCUCUUGACUCUCAGAACGGUCAGCACUACUUCUGUAACGGAACUGUUUUUCAGACCAGUCCUGGGCAAAGUGAAUAUGAAUGAACUACUCUUAGAGAUGCUCUGUGUGAAACUGAAUUGA